AUGGUCAGGCGUACAACUAUAUUUGGAAAUGUCAAGUCAAAAAGAUUUGGGAGGGGACUUCCUUCCACUAUCAGAGGGCCAUCUUAUUCUGUUCUGCUAGUGCGAGAAGACCUGAAAUUUUCCUCCUUUUUUUGCCUGGGGCAUCUUCAUCGGAUUGUGGAAGAAAAUUUUAUAGAUCAUUUCCUGGGUCAUUCCUGUUGUGAGAUCUUAUUGUCUUCAGCCGCACUUUCCGCCAGACGGAACCACGUGAAAAGCCCUACCCGACAUCAUCUAGGGUUUUUUUUUUAUCUUGGGGGAAUCUUCGCUACUGGAGAUCCAUCGACACGUUUUCUACCGGAGACCUCUUUCUGAACAGAGACCCUUUUUCCACCAUAGGGAUUCUUACGUCAUCGGUUUUGAAGCCUUCCUCGCCCAUUUUAAAUUAGUUAGUCAAUAAGCUUUCGCAUUAAGGGAGAUCUCCUAGUUUGGCUGGCUUAAAUUUUUGUUGUUAGCCGUUAGUAGAUGUAAUAAAAUGUAUUGAUGUUAAUUUUAGCAAUUAUUUAC